GUUUUUUGGCCUAACCGCAAAAACCACAAGAGGAAGAAGAAACUGCGUCAUAAAAUUUCCUGUCUCUCCAUCUUGGGUCACACGGGGACAACGCGGCCUGGUUUACAUGGUCAGAUUAUAUUUCUGAUAAGAAAACGAAACGGAUGGUGAAGAAGAGUUGAGCGUGCGGCGCAGAGUGGCCAUUUCCUUCUGAGGAUCCGUUGUGGGAUCAUCUGUGAACUCCAUUGUCCUGGUGCUGGGCCCACAAGUUGAUCUUGCCACCAGUUCACCCAUCACUCUGGUUGUGAAGAGGCGCGGUCUCCAUUAGAAGAAAUGGAGCAUCGAGGCAAAACGCUGGGGGCUGAUUUCAACCCCAUAGUGCUGCUGCAUAGAUUAGAUGCUCAGCAGAUGUUGCUGCUUAAAGAAGAUGCUCCUGAAGAACAUGGUCUGGGUUUUGACAUACCAGGUCCAGAGUUUCUCCCACCAACCAUGAAUGAGGAUGAUGAAGAGUUUCUCCUGUCCUCACACCUUCAUCAGCACCACAUACAAGACAGAAAGUUACCAGAAGUUCACUGUGAAGCAGUAGAACCCGUCAAGAAUCAAGAUCAUGGAGCUUACUCCAACUCAUCAGAGACUGAACUCAUUGAGGAGGAGGAGGAUGAAGAUGAUGUAAACAACGUUUUCUGUCAUCUUGAACAACUGCGGGAUUGCAGGCCGAAAUGUAAAUACAGGGGAAAUGACACCAAGGUGAGCCAUUCAAGUAGAGGUUCUCCAAACUCUGAGGAUAAAAUGAAAUUCAUUACUUCAAAACAAUCCCUAGACUCAAAGAGGAAAGUUCAGGAUGAAAUGAAGGUUAGCUGUGAUGAAAUCAGGAAAACAUGUAAUAGAAAUCCAACCUCAAAAAGACAUGCGAGAACCCUAGCAGGACAUGAACAUCUCUGUAAAUUGUGUGGACACACUUUUAAAGAAAGAAGAAACUUAGACACACACAUGAGAAUCCACACAGGAGAGAAACCUUUCAGUUGUGACAUUUGUGAAUACAAGUGUAGCAUAAAAUCAAGUUUAAAUGUACACAUGAAAACCCACACAGGAGAAAAACCUUUCAGUUGUGAUGUUUGUUUGCAGAGAUUUGGUCAUAAAGCUAAUUUAAAUAAGCACAUGAAAAUCCACACAGGAGAUAAACCUUUCAGUUGUGAUGUUUGUUUGCAAAGAUUUAGUCAGAAAGGUAACUUGAGCUUGCACAUGAGAAUCCACACAGGAGAGAAACCUUUCAGUUGUGAUCUUUGUGGAUACAUUUGUAGCGUAAAAUCAAGUUUAAAUCUACACAUGAGAACCCACACAGGAGAAAAACCUUUCAGUUGCGGUCUUUGUGGAUACAUUUGUAGCGUAAAAUCAAAUUUAAAUCUACACAUGAGAAUCCACUCAGGAGAAAAACCUUUCAGUUGCGGUCUUUGUGGAUACAGAUGUAACAUAAAAUCAAGUUUAAAGGUACACAUGAGAAUUCAUACAGGGAAUAAACCUUUCAGUUGUGACAUUUGUUUGCGAAGAUUUAGUCAGAAAGGUCACUUGAACUCGCACAUGAGAAGCCACACAGGAGAAAAACCUUUCAGUUGUGAUCUUUGUGGAUACAUUUGUAGCGUAAAAUCAAAUUUAAAUCUACACAUGAGAAUCCACACAGGAGAAAAACCUUUCAGUUGCGGUCUUUGUGGAUACAGAUGUAGCAUAAAAUCAAGUUUAAAGGUACACAUGAGAAUUCAUACAGGGAAUAAACCUUUUAGUUGUGACAUUUGUUUGCGAAGAUUUAGUCAGAAAGGUCACUUGAACUCGCACAUGAGAAGCCACACAGGAGAAAAACCUUUCAGUUGUGAUGUUUGUUUGCAGAGAUUUAGUCAGAAAGGUCACUUGAACUCACACAUGAGAAGCCACACAGGAGAAAAACCUUUCAGUUGUGAUCUUUGUGCAUAUCGAUGUAGCCAGAAAGCAAAUUUAAACAGACACAUGACAAUCCACUAAAGAUAAACAUUCUAGUUGUGAUAUUUUAGGGACAGGAAAUGAGAAUCGUAUUUUAGAUGGAAGACUAAAGAAAAAGAUAAAGUUAUUCAGCUGCGAGUGUUGAAGUCUAUAAAACACUAAAGAGAGUGGAAAUUGAUUUAAAUCAAUCAAUUGCAGGGUUUAUUGUGGAGAAUUUCUGUGCUAUUAAGGAUUACUUUUGUUUUUUUAUGCUUCUCUUCCAGUUAUGGUUUGAUUUGAUUUCAAUAAGCAUUUUAUGGAAUACACUAGAAAUUUUAUGUUAUAUUGUUGGAAAUAUGAUUUCUCACUGAGUUAAUACUAAUAAAUCAGAUUUAGUUUUUUUACUGCAUUUUUGUUAUUCCUGUAGAUAUAGCUGUGCUA